AUGCCAUCUUCCAAGACUGAAGUUAUCCUCACGGGGAUCGACAAUUGGGACGACUGGCAGAAGUUUGUUGCAAGCUUAAUUGAUAUAGACAUCUGGGAAGCGAUUAAGCCUGCAAACCGAACUCAAGUGCUUCUACGAAAGCCAAGAAGACCGCAGGUAUCUGAUUUUAACGCAAACGCUCAGACUGAAGUCAAUCUUUCGGCAUCUCAAGUCAAUGCUUUCAGACUAGCCCGUGACAAUUGGAAAGACAGCUCUAAGGAGUAUGAGCAGCAGAAAACCAAUCUCAUCAAGGCUAAAAGUGUUAUCAUCAGCUAUGUGGAUGAGAGGCUAGGUCGUUAUCUCGACCAAGACCAUGAUCUCCCCCGCUGGAUUGAGAGUCUAUCUGUAGCCGUCAACGCCGAACAGACUAAGGCAACAGACGAACUUGUGAUAGAAUAUCAGCGGAUCAUCAAGUCAUUUAGGUGCACCGACUCAGCAACCUUCGCAGACUGGAUCUGGAAGUGGGAGAAUUUCCUCCUGAAAGCUGCACGACAUCGAAUGCUUGAAGUAGCAGGUGGUCGUUGGCUAUUCGACAUCGCCCGCCUUAUGGCCAAACAUAACGGCAACUUCACUGAUAACUGCAGACAAGCUGCAGAAUCACUUGUUUUGAAGACAAAAGACUACAAUCAAGCUGUUGAACAAGGAGUACAGCAGUUAUUGCAGCUCAACGAUUUUAGUGAUCAUGCCAGGCUGCGAGAGGCGGCAAUAGCAAUUCAAGGGGCUCUGAUCCACACCCCUCCCAACGCUACGGAUGCGAGCAAGGAAUGGUCAAUUGGAAGUGUAGCUGUCAAGUUACGGACCUGGGCCAGCUCAGCACUUCCAGCCCAACCAGAAAGAUCCUCCGCCAAAAGGGGAACAGCGUUCCAAGCUGAUACCAAGAAGGGUAAUCGGGAUGGAAGGGCAAGCCAAUCCCGAUCAGAUCGUAAAAGAGGGCGAUCAGACAACCAGCAGGAUAGCAACAAGAGACAAGAGUUGAGCUGUGAAGCUUGUGGCCAGCCGCGACAUGAUCUUAGUUCCUGUUGGUCAGCUAUUCCAGAACUUCGGCCAGGAGGAGUACCUGCGAAUCACCGCCUAGAAGGCCUGGUGAGGAAAGUCCUGGCAGCCGAUCCGGAACUAAAGCCUAAAGUAGCUGAACUUCGAAAAGCAGCUCAGAAAGACCAGGAACAGGAAAAGAAAGAAGUUUCAUUUCAGUGA